AUGGGGAAGAAAACAGAGCUGAGAGAUCAUAAGGAUACAGCCAAAGUUGAAGCUGUUCUUGAGCUUCUCAGAAAACAAACCCCUCUCACCGUGAAGCAGGAGAAGUUUUGCAACUAUGCUUGUGUGAAACGGUUUCUGAAAGCAAAAGGGGAUAGUGUGAAAAAAGCUUCGAAGCAACUCAAGGCUUGUCUUGCUUGGAGAGAGAGUGUCAUCACUGAUCACUUGAUAGCAGACGAUUUCUCAGCAGAACUGGCUGAUGGGUUGGCCUAUGUGGCUGGUCAUGAUGACGAAUCCAGACCUGUUAUGAUUUUUCGUUUGAAGCAAGACUAUCAAAAAUUACAUUCGCAGAAAAUGUUCAGUCGUUUGCUGGCCUUUACAAUGGAGGUGGCGAUUUCGACCAUGCCAAAAAACGUAGAACAAUUUGUGAUGCUUUUUGACGCAAGCUUUUACAGAUCAGCAUCUGCUUUCAUGAACCAAUUGCUAGCAGCACUGAAAAUUGUGGCGGAGUACUACCCAGGAAGGCUAUGCAAAGCCUUUGUCAUAGACCCUCCCUCGCUUUUCGCUUACUUGUGGAAGGCCGUUCGUGGAGCUAUCAUCGUGGACGACGGUGGUGUCAUCGUUGGAUUUCGAAGAAUCGUUGGACUUCAACGACUUCGCGGCGUACCCGCGAGCCUCCUCCCUCCGAUUCGAUACCUCGAGCGUGAAAUCAACGGCAAAGAUAGGCUCGUGCUCCUCGUCGCGCUUCUCCUUCACCGUGUCACAGAAUCUGGACUCCUUGAAGCCCUGGUACCUGAGCCUGACCGACACGUCAGCAUCGAAAGUGGGACCCACGAAUCCCUCGUCCGCACUGAUCUCGCCGCUGAACGCGCGCUCGCUCUCGUUCGCGUCGCCCGUCGCGAGGACCCCCCGCGGUCCCCCGGCCACGAGGAAGGGCCUCUUCCCCUCGACCCCGCUUCCGCAGCGCGUGACGGCGCCGCCGCGGACCUCGUUUCUGCAGUCUCCGGCGACGUUUUUCCGGCGAGAGAGCCACGUGAGCGUGAAGGGAGAGAGGUGCCGUGA